AUGCUUCUCCGCCACAUCGUCUUCGCCGCCUGCGCCGGCUUGGCAUUCGCCCACGACGAAGGACGCCCUUGCGGCCUCAAGAUCGCUCCCUGCCCGCGAGGCUACUUCUGCCACCCCGACUCUCCCGCGUGCACCGACCUCGACCGCUGCCGCGGCACCUGCGUCGUGCGCAACAAGUACCCUUCUUGCGGCGGCAAGACGGUGACCCCGCGGCCCUGCCCCAAGGAAACUCACUGCAUCGACGACCCCCGCGAGCCCGGCGGCUGUGGUCUCGCCUGCGACAAGCCCGGCAUCUGCGUCCCCGACAAGCCCAAAAUGUGCGGCGGCUUUGUGGGCUCCUUGUGCCCGAAGGGGUUUUCCUGUUACGACAUCCCCAAAGACGGUUGCGACCCGAAGCGUGGUGGUACGGACUGCCUUGGAAUGUGCCUGUAG